AUGCAGCUAGCCAGAGGAGAAGCCGCUUACGGAACCGCGAAUAGGGUCGCGAAGACACCCGGCGAUCGUUUGCGCGUAGCGAAGCAACAGUUCCGGACCACCAACAGUGCGCAUACAAAGCUGCACGCUAUGUUUGAGGAGACGAUCCAGGAGCUGGAGAGCACGAAGGCAAAGCUUGAAGCGACUCAGCGAGAGCUUGAAGCGACUCAGCGAAAGCUUGAAGACACCAAGGAAAUGCUCAGAUGUAGCAACGAAGACGUUGAAGAGAUCACGGAAUUGCUCAUCUCUAGCAACGAAGAGGUUGAUAUAUUCAAGGGCGAGAACUCAUGCCUGAUUCUUGCCCGGAACUAUCAUGAACAACACCUUGCCCAACUCGAUGACGAGCUAGAGCAAGAGAAGAAGAAAGUCAAAAAGAGUCAAGAUGCCGAGGAGAAGUUGGAGCAGCUCAGGAAACAUUGGUCUACAUUCUCGGCUAUGCUUUCAGAUUGA